ACGAGAGCGCUUUCUGAUUCGGACAGUUACCUUCUCGGACUUCCUUCGUUAUUUUAAUUGUAUUAUCUAUUACGCAUUUUGCCUUCACUCGCUCGGCGACUUUCAUCCUACUUUCUCUCAACAACGCACGCACAGUGUAGGACAGGGGUAAACACGUCUCGUUCUGACAACAAAUUUUGAACCGCGACAUCCGACGACCACUAUCUGCACCGGGAGAUAUCCUCUACGCUUAUAAUCGUUGCUCGGAGGGAUAUAUUGAGAUCAGUCUCGGUGGCAACGGCCCUGCCUAACUUAGGGCACAUUACUUUGCUUCUGGCCAGCCGCCAAAAUGAGGUCAACAGCGACGUUUUUCAUCUACGCGACCUUUCUUGUAUUACUCUCGACGUUUACUGCAGCAUGGCCGUGGCCGAGCUUCUUUCCUGAGAUUGAUUCUCUUGUCGUGCGCGCCAAUGAAGACCAAUCGAGCACGCACACUACCUCAGAAACUAGUAGCAAACCAACGCAGACACCCAGCUCUGGUCAACAUAAAUCAACCUCUGUUUCUGAAUCAAAAGGGUCUUCGACCUCCAAACCUACCAAAUCUGCCGUCCAUACCACCUAUGACCCGCGAUCGCCAGUUGGUGGUAUAACCGUUGUCAGCCCCACGGCGACAGCCGGCAUGCCCAUCUUUAAGAUUGGUGACAAGGCGACCUUUGGAUUUAACUUCACCGAUUUAUUGGCAACUCCCACAGCGCUGAACAUCAUGGCCACAUGCACACUCAACCAAGCAUUGUAUACGAUUGCCAUGAACCAGACAAUCAACGGUACUGCCACAACACAACGGGCUGUGUGGGAUUCCCACGGAUAUGAGACCAGCAGUGCACCUUUGGUGGUGGCAACAUACACCCUGAUUAUAUACGACUCUGAGGGUAGCGAAAGUGAUGUUCCUGUGGCUGGAUAUCUAGCCCCGUUCAAAAGCUUCACAUUCGGAAUGUAUAAUGGUCAGGAUUACACAGAUGAUUCGGGACCUGUGCCAUGUAUAUCGUGCAGCGGUGCAUUUGGCUCAUUAGAGCGCAACGCACUCGGUUUUAUGUUCGGGAUGAGCAUCAUCACAGUGAUGACAUUUACGUGGUUUGUCAAUGGGUUGAAUGUCAUUUGGUAACGCAUUUACAUAUUUUGUACAUUUGAGGAAAUAAGGGGAUAAUUUGGCGUAUUAAUUGCAGAGUCAGUUGGAGGGGAUGGACGACUGGUUUGAUCUGUUUUAGCAUAGGUUUUAUGAGGCAACGAACGGAACCUGGCGCCAUGCGGAUUUUCGUGUUAUGAUUUUGGCUAGCAUAGACAGCGCAACAAGCAGAUAUUUAAUGAAUUAAUCGAAGCACA